GGAUAUCGACAAACCAUGGGUUAGCUACCUACGAAAUCUAAGGAUCCCGAUGAUGUGACAGCUACAUAGGAAAAUAACUGUUACUAUUUCUGAGAAUUCUCUCAAAGCGCCACUUCCUCACGCAAAGAGUAAUGAGAAAUCACCUGUGGCCCCAAAGAGGAGAAACAUGAAUCGUAACCCCAAUUGUAAUCAUAACAGCAAUUUUGCAAGCUUCACAAAUACGAAAAUAGAGCAAAAUAGGGUGGAUAAUUCCUACCAAAAUAAAGACUUACUCUGGAAGAACGGCAAGAGCUAUUCUGAGCAGAGUGAACUCAACUCUUUGAAAGGACUUUUAAUUAGGUUGUUCUUUGAUAACAGCCUUGGUGAAGACGUAGGUAAAGCUAAAUAAGUCACGGUCAAAUGCAUCCUAUGUGCUCAGGAAUGACAUCAACAGAAUGUAUAGUGAGUUCGAAGAGUUUUAUUCAAAUGAUGAUAUCUUGAUCGAUGGUAAUAUAGUCAAUAAGUACUCACUCUGGAUUAUAAAGAACUUGAAUCCUCACCAUAAAGCUUAUGUGUAUGCACUGAUGAAGUGUGGCAAGGUUCAUAAUAGAGAACUUGCCUUGAUGGCUAUUAAUAACUGCAUGAAUUGGAACAAUCAGUGGGAGAAAGAUUGAUACUACUGAGUCCUUACUUACAUGCUAGUACAAACUAUUAAGAGUGAGUUUAAAAUUGGAAGCAAGGAUCUGAUAAAAUGAAUCAAGAAACUGAUGGAUUAUCCUAUACAACCUCUGAAGAGAACUUCAAUUAUGAGUUUAUUUCCAACUAAAGCUGAGCUGGAACAAAAAGCUCAGCAAGUUGAGCAAAAAUCAGUUGAGGUGAAGAAGCCUAAUGUUAUCAAGAGAACAGUCAAAUAUAAAUCAGAUAAAGUUAAGACCAUAGCAAAGAAUCGUUUUACCAUAAAUGAGAUUAAGCCUAAUAAGGAUUCCAUCUUUGAGUAUAAGGAGAAUAUGUAUAGGAAGUUCGUAGAAAAUCAGCAAAGAAUAAAUGGAAUGGAAAUUAACGCUAUUGGAAACUGCAAAUACCUCAAAUAUGCCAUUGGCAGAGGAAACAACUCUCUUCUUGUCCAAUUAGCUCUCAAAAAUAGAUGGUGGUGGCAAAGGACCAAGAAGUCAAACCCAAAUGUCAAUUUCUUAUGGACACAGCUCUUGUGAAGAAAGUUUAUAGUGAGUAUUAAAAAGCUCAACAAGGCUGAUCAUGGAAGUGAGUCUGAGCUUGAUACUACUAAUUUUGGAUCAACUUCUCACUCAGCACUAAAAGAAAGUGGAUCAACUUCAGAUACAAAGAACACGACAACCUCUAGUCUAACAACUUCUGGGAAUAAUUUCCCAUCCCAAAAGUUAUCAAAAGUGAGUAGCUCAAUGGCUCAUCCAAGAAAGAGAGGAAAAGCUGUCAAAAAGGAUCCUCUGCAGUGAGACAAGCUGAAGAUUUGUAACCAUUUGGAGAUGCAUUUCCAUUUGAGUAACAAGAAAGCUCUAUACUACAACAUGAAGGCUUAUUUUGAAUGUCUUGGAAAGGAACCUUUUAAUUUUAUUCCUCUGACAUAUCACAUUCAGGAAGGAUCUAGCGACCCCCAGUUUGAACUCUUCAGCAAGAAAUUUGAGGAGAUUGAAGAAGGUGUGAAAGGCAAGAAAAAGCUGCAGAAUAUCUGGAUAGUAAAACCUGGUGAAAAUACCAACAGAGGCAAUGGAAUUACUGUUUGAAGAGAAAUCUCGCAAAUUAUUAGCCUAGUAGAUAGUAAUGUAAAGCUCAAUAAUGGAAAGAGGAGGAGCUACAUUGUCCAAAAAUAUAUAGAAAAUCCUCUGCUCAUCAACAGAAGAAAGUUUGAUAUCAGGUGAUUCUCUCUUGUAACCUCCAUGAACGGCAAUAUAUGAGGGUAUUGGUACAAAGAUGGGUAUAUCAGAACAGCUUGUAAGGAGUUCUCUCUGAAGAACGUCUCAAAUAAAUAUAUUCACCUGACUAACGAUGCAAUACAAAAAUAUUCUAACUCAUAUGGAAAAUAUGAGGAUGGUAAUAAGCUCAGUUAUAAGGAGUUUCAGAAGCAUUUUGAGGUAAAUUGACCAGAUAUGAAGGUUGACUUUGACAAGAUUUAUCCACAAAUGAAGAAGCUGGCAGCUGAUACUAUAAAAGCUACUUAUAUGCAGAUCGACCCAAAUAAAAACCAUCAUACCUUUGAGCUGUUUGGGUAUGAUUUCAUGGUAGAUGAGAAUCAGAAGGUUUGGCUUAUAGAAGUAAACACCAAUCCGUGCCUUGAGCUUUCUAGUAGCCUGUUAUCAAGACUUAUCCCAGCACUAGUCGAGAAUGUAGCUAAGGUAGCAAUAGACCCUGUUUUUCCAGCUCCAGAGUGGUCUAAUUCUAGGAAAGGACAAAUACCUGAUUUCUCUGAGAAUAAAUUUGAGUUGGUAUUUAACGAAUCUAAGGAUGGUGAUGAGUUGAGAGAAAUUUUAAAGCAAGCAAAUUUGAAGGAUAUUAUCAGAGAAGAAGAUGAGCAAGAGUCUGCUGAAGAUGAUGACUCUGACGAAGACAAUGAUGAAGAUGAAGAAGAGUAGCCCCAUCUUAAUUUUUAUGCAAGCUUGUAUUUUCAA